GAACAGGAAGGUGAGCUGAAGCUCCGCCUCUUGUCUGUUUCCGGUCGCUGUUCCGUCAACAUGGCGCCGAUUAACCGACCGAAGCUCGAGUCUGUGUGACGGUACCGACCAACACGAGUCUGUGUGACGGUACCGACCAACACGAGUCCACCGGAAACUGGAGCUGGAGAGAGAACAUGGAGGAGAAAGCGUUAGAGGUUUAUGAUGUGAUCCGGUCGAUCCGGGACCCGGAGAAGCCGAACACCCUGGAGGAGCUGGACGUGGUGACGGAGAAAUGUGUGGAGGUCCAGGAGCUGGGAGAGGACGAGUACCUGAUCAUCAUCAAGUUCUCCCCGACCGUCCCUCACUGCUCCCUGGCCACUCUGAUCGGUUUGUGUUUACAAGUGAAGCUGCAGAGAUGUUUGCCUUUUAAACACAAGUUGGAAAUUUACAUUUCAGAAGGAACUCAUUCUACCGAGGAAGAUAUUAACAAACAGAUCAACGAUAAGGAGCGAGUGGCGGCCGCCAUGGAAAACCCCAACCUGAGAGAGAUCGUGGA